AUGCUUAUUAUCGGUGACAACUCCAUUGCUGCCAAUCGUGCUUUUUCUUGCUUAGAAGCAGACGCUCGUGUUUUCUUGAUUGCAAAUCCUGAUCGUAUGUGUCCCGAGUUAAAAUACAGAGUCGAGAGUCAUCAAGUCAUCCUGUUGGGAUCCGAAUUCAACUCCAAUGUAUUGACCAGUCAUACGUUUGAUCUUGCAUUUAUUUGCUGUAGUACAGGUAAUCUUUUCGGACAGUUGGAUAUAGACUCUGUCGUCAAGCAUUUCCGUCAACACAGGGUUCCAGUCAAUGUCUCGGAUCAGACUCGCUUGUGUGAUUUCUUCAUGACUUCGACCUACCGAGAUCAAUCACUUCAGGUCUCUGUGUCUACCAAUGGUCAAGCCUCUAAACUAUCCAACCGGAUCCGUCGUCACAUCGCUUCUACAUUACCUCCUCAUCUAGGCGACGCUGUCAGAAAAAUGGGCUUACUUCGCAAAAAGAUUCGUGCUUCAGACCCAAGCUCAGCAGCAAGUAUCAGACGAAUGAAGUGGUUGGCUCAGAUCUGUGAAUACUGGAGUAUGGAACGAUUGGCACAGCUGUCGGAUAAAGACAUGAACGAUCUAUUAGAGGCUUAUCACCACGACGAAGGUUACGAAAGCUCAGUUACAUCAAACGAUGCAAGAGAAGGGUCGAUUACGUUGGUAGGCGCUGGUACAGGAGAUCCAGGACUCUUGACGGUCGCCGCUCAUCAAGCGAUCAAGGAAGCUGAUCUUGUCCUCUCAGAUAAAAUCGUGCCCGAAGAAGUGGUUGCUCUUGUUGAAUGUGAACUCAAGAUAGCGCGCAAGUUCCCAGGUAACGCGGAUGCGGCACAGGAGGAGUUUAAUGAAUUGGCAUUGAAGGCCAUUCAGCAAGGAAAGAAGGUCGUGAGAUUAAAGCAAGGUGACCCUUACUUAUUUGGACGGGGUGGAGAAGAAGUCUUGUUCUUUCGCAAACACAACAUCAUCCCUCGUGUCAUCCCUGGUAUUUCUUCUUCUGUCGCUGCACCUCUCUUGGCAGGCAUACCACUCACGCAUCGCUCGGUCGCGUCUCAAUUCUUGGUCACGACAGGCACGGGGGCUCAAAAGUCUCCGGCUCCUCUACCAACCUACGAAAAGCACCGUACAGAUGUGUUCUUGAUGGCUAUUCAUCGAUUAGAAGCAAUCACACAUGAUUUAAUAUCUAAACAGAAUUAUCCAGCAGAUAUACCAUGCGCUAUCAUCGAAAGAGCAAGCUGUAAGGAUCAAAGAGUGAUCUAUGGUCCACUCUCGAGAAUUGCUAGCAUACUCGAACGGUGUGGAGGAAGUCGACCUCCCGGAUUGCUCGUGGUGGGACAUGCUAUUGAUGUAUUGAAACAUGAAAAUAAGGGAACAGAAGGUGUUGUGGCGAAUAUAGUGACAUAUUCUGGAAAUAUGAAAGAUAAACAAGGCGAACAGGUGAUUAGUGGAUCCAAUUUGUUGCAAUUACAUGAUCCAGAGUCUAUUUAUUAA